AUGGAGCUGAAGAAACCAAUUUUAGCCGCAAUCAUAAUCCUUCUAAGCAGUGUUGUUGCUAUCAUGGUUAUCGCCAUCAUGCACUUGAAGAAUCACACUAUCGCUGCUGGGCUAAAGUACGGAAUUGUCUUCGACGCAGGAGCCUCGAGUACAACUGUUUAUGUUUAUAACUGGCCGGCGGAAAAGGAGAAUAACACGGGUGUCGUCAGUGAAAAGUACAAAUGUAAAAUUGAAGGAUCGGCCAUUUCUGAUUUUGACCAUAACCCAGCGGAGGCAGCUUCUUCAUUGGAACAGUGUCUCAAUAAAACAAUAGAAGAGAUCCCGGCAGAGAAACACAACGCUACGCCACUCUAUUUUGGAGCUAGUGCAGGAAUGCGACUACUCCGAACACAGAAUUCAUCUGCCUCUACUAUGAUCCUCUCUGCCAUUGAAAACUACCUCCGCUCCUCACCAUUUGAUUUUAAAGGUGCCCAAAUUAUCUCAGGGAAAGAGGAAGGGGCCUACGGAUGGAUUACGGCGAAUUAUUUACUGGGUAACUUCCGCCAGAGACGUAUUUGGAAACAAUUAAAUCGACCUCUCACUAUAAAGACGAAAGGUACCCUGGAUCUGGGUGGGGCUUCGACAGAAAUAGCAUUUGUCCCCGAGAUGCGUUCACACAAGUACGAGAUUACAGAAAUCACACUGUAUAACAACAAAUAUGAUGUCUACAUUGAAAGCCUGGGCUGUUAUGGACGAGAUGAAGCUGAGAACAUUUAUUGGGCAAAUCUCAUUCAGAAAUCUGCCAAUAAAUCAUCCGUUGAAGAUCCUUGCCUUCCCUCACACUACACCAUGAUGCUCCCAAUGGAGGAAGUCCUUGGAAGUUCAUGCAUUGGAGCGAAGUUACGAGAGGGCUAUAAUCCUGACAAUAAUAUCACUCUCAUUGGGACUGGAGAUCCUAUUCAGUGCUGCCGGCAGUUGUUAUCAAUAUUUAACUUUAAAUCUUCCUACGUUAAGGGCGUCUGGAGAGAGCGUCUUGUUCCAAUCAAUCAACUGAUACAAGGCAAAUUUGUGGCCUUUUCUGGUUUCUAUGAUACAAUGGAAGCCUUGAACUUAACUGGAUCAUUUCCCAUAGAUGUCUUCCAUUCAACAGUCCAGUCUUUCUGUAGGAAAAACUGGAAUCAAGUCCAACAAUUACUGCCAAAUGUGCCAGACCUGUAUCGCAAAGCAUUUUGUUUCAAUGCCUAUUACAUCUUUGUUCUACUAAUGGAGGGUUACAAGUUUAAUGAACAGACUUGGACCAAUAUUAAUUUUCAGAAACAGGUGGAAAACAACAGCAUAGGCUGGUCACUUGGUUAUAUGUUGAACCUUACCAACAUGAUCCCUGCAGAAAAUCAAGUGAGCCGAACACCAAUGAGUGAAAGUGCAUUCAGCGGACUCUUGCUUCUGUUUAUAGUUCUGGCCCUAUUCUGUUCCUUUUUCAUUUGUAUUUCAGUCAUACGAUCAAUUCCAUUCAUAUGACCAUUUGCCAAUGGGCAUCAGAGUGGGAAGAAACAAUGACAUCUGGAUGAAAUUGAAAUACCAGGACAGGAGGGGGAAAAAAUCAACACUUGUCAGUCCUGUUAUCCCUAUUACAUACAAAAUCCCUGUGGACUUUAUACAAAUAUCACAAGCAGUAUGAAAUCCUAGUGAAUCCACCUUCCAAGAUGCUGAUGCUACAUGGAAAUGAUGCUUCAUUGAAGUACAGGAGCCUCAAGACCCACACCACUAGGUUCAGGAACAGUUCUUACCCCUCAACCAUCAGACUCUUGAGCCAGAGGAAACUUUAACCAUCCUAACACUGAACUGUUCUCACAACCUAUGGACUCACUGUUAAAGGAAUUGUCUCAUGUACUCAAUAUUUAUUGCUUAUUAUUUUUAUGUUUGUAGUUUACUGUCUUUUGCACAUUGGUUGUUUGCACCUCCUAUUGGGUGCAAACUUCCAUGGAUUCUAUCACUUCUUGGAUGUACUGUGUAUGCCCACAAGAAAAUGAUUCUCAGGGUUGUAUAUGGGCACAUUAUACGUACUUUGAUGAUAAAUUUACUUUGAAUGCCAAAAGCUAACAGUAAUAGUGAAGUCAUGUGAAAAUAACAGCACAUUAUGGUCAAAAUUAUGCAAAAGCCUCUAGUGGUUCAGAACACUGUACAAUGAGACAAAUGGAAGCAGAUUAAAACUUCCAAUCAUUGUUUACACAUAGGGAAAGCUACUAAUACUAUGCACAAUAGAUGAGACAUUUACUUUUGCAGACUAAGAAGCUUGGUGGGUAGAAGCAAAAUUAUAUUAACAUGCCCAUUUUUACAUUUAGAAAUCCAGUUCCCUUUGAACCUUGACUCAUUCCUCCCCCGCCUCAAUUCUUGGUUAGAUAAAUAAAGCACCAAACAUGAAGUUUCCCCCCAUUCCAACGAAAAUGCAAGAGAAAAUCUCUGCACUAUUGCUGUUUGACCCAAGCUUUACUUCAAAUACAAAACCUUUUUCAUAGUUGCUCACUUAAGGUAAAAAUCUUAUUGAUAUUUUUGAAGUCAUUCAAAGUAUUAGCUACAGGAGUUAUCACAAGAGUAAAACUAAUUUUGAAAUCAUUGGAUGGUAUAGCUUAUAUUCUGCUAACCAGGUGAAGCUACCGCACAGAACUACAUGCAUUCUAACCAGAAGACCACAGAACAAGACCCACAAGACCAUACCCCAGGAUGGUACUCCAACACCCUGAACAUCUUUAGCUGCUUCAAUGGCCCUCUUUCAAUCACAAGCUCCACUGAUGGCAGCAGUGUUUCAACACCAUUCAAGACUCCUUACAAAAUUCAUCAGUCCACAUCCAAAUGCAAAUCCUGGACAAUAUGCAGGCCUGGGGUCAUUCACACCAUAUAAGUGCCCGGCAAUUACAUCCAAGAAGCAAAAAUCCAGCUAUUACCCUGCAAUUUCAACUUUCCCUCCACAGAUGACACCCAAGAUUUAUCUUCAAUAUUUGAAAUAUGUACAACAUUGACAUCUCCAAGAAAGUACACAUUGCCCAAGUAUCACAUACACAAAAAAGAAACCUUAUCUAAUCACUAAGCCCUAGCCACAAACUAAACUAAACCAAUAGUGAUAGAAUGGACAAUUUCAGCAUGCAGUAUUUACUUAACAGAGAACCAAUAAAUGAUCUUGCACUAUAUCCAGCACACUGGAAGAUGGCAAUGGAUGUUGUGAAUUAAUCUCAGUUACAUCAGUGAAGCUAUUGAUUUAUUGCAUCGGAUGUUGAAAGCAAUUAUCUUUAACAAAUGGCUGGUUGCAUUUUUUUCCAAACGAGAUCACAAAAUCUUGAUACUCAACAUUAAUAUCGUUAGCUUCACAAACUCAACAUAUUUCACAGAAAAUGGGCAUGGUACCAAACACGUUGCUGCUGUCGUACAUUAAAAGUUGUGCAAUGUUAAGAUACAAUUUCAUUGCAUAGUUUGUUAAGCGCCCCCAUGUAGCAAAAUUCUGCAAAUACAGAAACAAGAAAAGCCACUGCCGCAGGGCCAGAGACACAGGUUCAAUCAAGAACUGGAUUCGCUGUGAGGAAUUUGUUUAUCUGUAUGGUCUCUCACAGUAUCUGGGUUCCCCCCCCCCCCAACCCCAAGGGUUGCUAGAUUAAUUAGCUACUGUAAAUC